AUGAAAAGAUUAUUUAGUGAUUACGUUUAUGGAUCGCGUGUGGAUAAUGACAUUAAGCGAAUAAAGAAUAGGUCUCAUUGUCACACACAUAAUGCAUUAUUGGACCUCCCGCACGACAUCAUAUCGCAGAUCCUAUCUCUAGUAGAUACGCCAAGCAUCAUAAAUCUUUGUAGUACAAAUACAGAGUUUAGGAAUGAGUUAAGUCCCAUAGUAUUCAGUAGAGCUAAGGGUAGCUGGCACCAGAUAAUCCAGAUGAUUGAGCAGCUGGAGGGAACGAUGUCAGACUCUAAGCCCGAUUCAAACAUGAUCACCCCUCCACCACAAAUCCUUACUAAUUGGGUGGAACAACUUCGGAUCCUGGACUGGUAUUCAUAUGGAGAAUGGCAAGUCGACAUUUUCAAGUUACAUCAAAUACUUCCACAUUUAAAUCAUCUACUUAUAAAUAGUGCCAAUUCUUCAAAUUGGCUCAAAUAUAGAGAAUCGAAAUCUCUCAAGGAGCUUACUCUUUACUACGAAAAGGCACAUUAUGAGGCGUUUGAUCAUAAACCUAAUCCCAAGAAUAUCAACCAAUUAAGUCGUAAGGAAUCGACAAAUCCUAGAAUCUUUGAACUUUCACAUUUGAGGGGGUUAUCUGAGCUUACCAAAGUUCUGUUGGAUGGAUACCAUUUUAACUGGUGCGAUGAUUAUGAAACAUAUGAUCCAUCAAACAUUAAAUUGGAUUCGAUAGUUCUUACCAAUUGCACAUGGGAGUACCCUUUUACAUUGUCUCAAUUCAAUAGACACGGGAAACUUAGAAAUCUUACCUUGAGGUACACCACACAAAAUCUGUUCAUUCUUCUGGAAAGAUUUACCAAAUUCAUGGAAAAUCCACUUGUGGACGCCUCUACAAGUAUAGAAAAACUAGAAAUAUCCCUUGAAGGGUAUACCGAUUCCACAUGGAGGAAGUUGUUAUCCAUCAAACAAUUUGAUAAGUUUCAAUAUCUUCUAUUCCCCAAUUUACGUGUACUUACCCUACAUGGGUUUCUGAUGAACUUGGAUUCAUAUAGAAGUUAUUUGACAUUGAUUCAGGAUAAUUUCCGACUUCACCGAUUGAAUUUAGCGGUUUGGGAUACAUCGACAAACGGAUUAUCAGACAUCAAUUCAAUUAGAUUUUCACAACAUAUUCGACAAUUGGGGAUAAAUUUCCAAUUAAAGGUGUUGGAUGAGAAUAGGAGAUUGUACACAUAA